UAUGCCUUCAUUCAUUCGCCAUGGACCCACCAUCCCCAGACGAACAGAGGGCCCCCCGCCAGAGAUGGCCCCCUCCUCCUACUCUGUGGCAAGCAGCAGGGAGUCCGUAGUGUCCCGCAGCAAGAGCGUCCUCCGUGCACCCGUGCAGAGGCCGCCGCACGAGGUGGCCCGCAGAGAGAGCCACCGGAUGUCGGCGCCGCCGUACCUGCCUCGCAGCGUGGGAGACGUGUCGCACGAGUACCGCGGCUCGACGCAAUCCUUCCUCACGGAUGUGAGCCCCAUGUCUGAAAACGGAGACGCUAAUCGUUAUUACUACCAGGCUGAGCCCUACUAUGAAAACCAGCAACAGCGUCAGCCCAGGAGAGUCCAGGAGCGCUUCCCUGAGGACUAUAGGUUUUAUGAACACAAUGAACACAACUUCCAAAGACUUCCCCACCAACACGCUUCCCCAGCGCCAAGCCGACCGCCCUCAGGCAUAGGUCGAAUUCAGGCCAAGUCUCUAGGGAACCUCUCCAGUCUGACCGCGGAGGACCUCCCCCUUCCUGCCGGUUGGACUGUGGACUGGACCAUCCGGGGCAGGAAGUACUACAUCGACCACAACACCAACACUACACACUGGAGCCACCCUCUGGAGAGGGAAGGGCUCCCCCCAGGCUGGGAGAAGGUGGAGUCUGCUGAGUUUGGGGUCUACUAUAUGGAUCACAUCAACGAAAGAGCACAGUAUCGCCAUCCUUGUGCCCCGAGUGUGCCUCGUUACGAUCAGCCCCCACCGCCUCCUGUAAGCUAUCAGCCGCGUCCAGCAGAAAGAAACCAGCCCGUGCUGGUGCCCGCUAACCCCUACCACACGGCCGAGAUCCCAGACUGGCUGCAGGUGUACGCACGGGCCCCCCUCAAGUAUGACCACAUCCUGAAGUGGGAGCUGUUCCAGCUGGCCGACUUGGACACGUAUCAGGGCAUGCUGAAGCUGCUGUUCAUGAAGGAGCUGGAGCACAUCGUUAAAUCCUACGAGGUGUAUCGACAGGCGCUGCUGUCGGAGCUGGAGGCCCGUAAACAGCGGCAGCAGUGGUACACCCAGCAGCCCAACAAGAACUACAUCGGGAACAUGUGACGGGAACGCCUUCGCUGAGGUUGCAGCCGUUUGGGAGCGGUCCGUGUUGCCUUUGAUAUCCAGACUCGUAAUUGCUUCCUUACCAAAUACAUCCGUGCCUUCGCUUGAUCCAAAUAUAUCAGCCAAGAAGUCCAAACACUCCCUGACGGGGAGUGGUCGCUUCGAGUGCUGUUCACUUUAUGAAUGACUGAAAGAAAACACUAGAAGGAAGACGAUCUGGAGGCUGCUGCUGGUGGUUUUUGAAAACGCCACGAGACGUGAAUCACGGUGCAAUUUUUCUCUUCUUUCAACACAGCAGCACCAAGUCUGGACGUUUGAUGAGAAGCUUCAGAGACCGUGCCUUUCUUAAAGCAACUCUACAGUUUUUGCUCAUAUCAAGCGUACGCCAUCUAUUCCGUCUUUUUUUUUCCUGCAGGGCAAAACGACCGGCAGCUUCAUUUAUUUAAACGCAAUAUAUUUUCUCCCUGUUACUGUGUAAUCCUCAUAGACUAAACCAGUAAAUAAACGUAUGCAUUGCUCAUGUUCUGAGGCGUUUUGUACACUAAAGACAAUCGGAAGGUUUGUAAUUCUGAAACACAUUUGAUGCGACGGUUUUCCCAUCUCUCCGCUCACCUGGCAUUGCUCUGAUUCAGAUGAAACGCAAUAAGCUGCUGGACAUUUUAUCACACCUUAAAACCAUAUAAAGGUCACCUGAUACGUGUUUAACAGAAAUGGCUGUGAAUCUUUGUUUUACGUGUUCGGUAAUAACGUGUUCCUAAAGUGGCAAUUCUACAAAAUGAACAAAAAUUAAGCUUUAUUGAACUAUUUAGCACAACCCGGAAAGUGAAAGUAUUAGAAAAAUAAUCUAAAUCGAUGUAGGGAGGCCUAUAGUGUUCUUUGAGUGAAGAAGCGUUUCCACGUUACACAAAACCACAUUUUGGAUUUUAGAGCUAAAAUCUAAAGUUAUUUAACUAAUUAAAAAGCAUAACUUUAUAUUAGUUAUCUUGUGCUGCUUGUUAAUUAUAUCUAUAAACCAGAAACGUGCGGUUUUACAUCAGUUGCAGCACAUUUAUUUACAGAAUAAAACCAGACUGGGAGCAGAUUUACUGUCUUCAUUUACAGAAGAGCCCUUUUAUUUUGGGAACUUUUUCCUUUAUUUUUUAAUCGAGUGGAUUGAUCACGCCUUAUGAAACUUUAAAAUAUUUUAAAAACAAGAACUGGACAUUUUAGAUCACUGAUUGAGACACAUGUUCAACUACAUGCAUGUUUUUCUAUUGGAUCCGUGUCAAAGUGCACAAGUUUCACAAAAUUUGAUUUUCAGAAAAAAUAC